AGGGAGGGAAGCAGCAUCUGUAUGAGGCAAGAAGAGGAACCUGCAUGGAAUGGAGGAGCGCUAGAGCAGCACUGUCGCUGUCGUCGAGCCUCCACCACAGCUCUGGACUGUGUGUUAAUGGAAGAGAAUCAGAGCAGCUCUGUGAUGCCUGAGUUCCCAGCUGUGUGGAUCCAGUGCCGGCUCUGAUAUGAUGCUGAGAGCAGGAGGGGCAGCCACCUCUCUCGCGCUGCUGCUGCUGCUGCCAUUAUUGUGUUGCUGCCACCUGUGCCACUCACUGCGAGUGCCAAAACUCUCCUCCUAUGCAAAAGCAGAGGACAAGCUGUUCAAAUACCUCUUUGGAAAUUACCAGAAAUGGGUUCGUCCAGUGGAAUACCUAAACCAGACGAUCCGUGUGAAGUUUGGACUGGCCAUCUCCCAGCUAGUUGAUGUGGAUGAGAAAAAUCAGCGAAUGACAACCAAUGUGUGGAUGAAACAGGAGUGGAUUGACAUGAAACUCAGAUGGAACCCUGAUGACUAUCUCGGCAUCACAGUUAUCCGUGUGCCAUCUGACAGGAUCUGGCUCCCUGACAUUGUACUGUAUGAUAAUUCAGAUGGGCGUUUUGAGGGUACAAUCACCAAGGCUGUUGUUAAAUAUGAUGGAACCAUAUCAUGGACACCACCAGCCAGUUACAAGUCAGCCUGCACCAUUGAUGUCACCUUCUUCCCUUUUGACCUCCAGAACUGUUCAAUGAAGUUUGGCUCCUGGACAUAUGAUGGAUCCCAGGUGGACAUAAUUCUAGAGGACUUUCAUGUGGACAAACGGGACUAUUUUGACAAUGGUGAGUGGGAGAUAGUGAAGGCCACAGGCAGCCGUGGUCUGAGGACUGACAGCAGUUCUUCCUAUCCCACCAUCACCUACUUCUUCAUCAUCCGCAGGCUGCCUCUUUUCUACACCCUGUUCCUCAUCAUCCCUUGCAUUGGCCUGUCCUUCCUCACCAUCCUUGUCUUCUAUCUGCCUUCAAACUGUGGCGAGAAGAUCUCUCUCUGCACGUCAGUACUGGUGUCACUCACAGUUUUCCUCCUAGUCAUUGAGGAGAUCAUCCCCUCCUCUUCGAAGGCUAUCCCUCUCAUUGGGGAGUAUCUUGUCUUCACCAUGAUAUUCGUCACCCUCUCCAUCAUCAUCACCGUCUUUGCCAUCAACAUCCACCAUCGCUCCUCUUCUACACACCAUGGCAUGGCGCCCUGGGUGAGGAGGAUUUUCCUGCAUCGGCUGCCAAAGCUGCUGUGCAUGCGCAGUCACGUGGACCGAUAUGCUACAGCUGGAGCAGCCAGAGCUGGGGGAGUGGGUAUGAUGAAGGGCUCUGGACCUGAACUGACACCUCUGCUCUACACCAGACAUAACCUACAAGCAGCUUUGGAUUCUAUUCGCUACAUAACCAUGCACGUGGUUAAAGAAAAUGAAGUCAGAGAGGUGGUACAAGACUGGAAGUUUGUAGCCCAGGUUCUGGAUCGAAUGUUUCUUUGGGCCUUCCUCCUGGUGUCAAUCCUGGGUUCUGCUCUCCUCUUCAUUCCAGUUAUUUACAAAUGGGCCAACAUCAUUGUCCCAAAUCAUGAAAGUACCCUCUAAGAACUGCAUUUCAACACAUCACAAUGGAGGGAAAGAACAUUAUUAGCUGGUUAUGGGUGUUAUUUGAGAUUUGACGGACUGAGGUACUGAGAUUACUGCUCAGAUACAGCCCUGCUCUGUUCUAUCCACAGACACUUGGAAGGGACAGCUGUGUCAGAGAUCAAGCUACAGAAUCAGGACCUUGUUUGCUGAGUAUAUUUUAUGAGGACAUGUUGUUUUUGUUUUGUUUUGGGUUUUUUCUUUAGAAAUGUUUCUGUAUUUCUGACUUUAGAGAUAAAAGAUUCAACUGAUGUGCUACAUGUGAUAAGAAAAUACAUUUUUCCCCCAUCUUACACAUCAAUAAAGUUUUACAUAUCCAGUUUACCUACUGUAGUUGCUGGCAUCAGAGAGUGCUCAUUUACCAUUGGAAAUGGAAGCUAUUCAUAGAUAUAAAAUUGCAAGAAAACAUGUUCUCACAGGACUAUUUGGGAUAAAUGUUUCACUUACACCCCUAUAAAAGUUACAGGACACAGUGAUGAACAUCAAUUCAGUUCAAUUUAGUUCAUUUCAUUUCAAAUUUAUGGGCAACUAUAUUGCAGCCUGCCACCCAGAUACCCAGAUACACACACACAUGCAUGCACACACACACACAGAAGACCUUCAGUCUCAUUUAAUGUAAUACACUCUAUUUACCUAUCUGCUAUGUAUAGCAUUUGUAAAAAUGACCACUUUAUCUGAGGGGCAGAAUUUAAAUAAAAGUGA